CGAUAUCGGACGCACUCGUUCAUUCACGGCGCAUGGCAACUUUCUUCGACCGCUAGUACGCAUGCGCGAAUCGUGUCAAACGGUGACGGUGCGGCUCUCUCCAACCUAACCUCUCACUUUUAUUUAUUGUGAAAACAACAAAUUAAUUUGUAAAAAUGCAAACCGAUUUUUAUGGAAUGCCCGUACAUCCUACGAUUGUGGCUUUAGGCAAUUUGUCUGCGUGUUUAUUUUUUUUCUAUAUCUGUUGUAAAGCGUUUUUGGUUCCGUUCUAUACAUACGUGAUUGCUCCUAAGUUUCAUCGAGUGAAUUUUAAAGCAUACGGAAAAUGGGCAUUGGUUACGGGCUGCACCGAUGGUAUCGGCAAGGAAUACGCUAGACAGUUGGCCGCUGCAGGCUGUGAUAUCGUUCUAGUCAGCCGUUCUAUGGAGAAGCUGCAGGCAACUGCGCAGGAAAUAGAAACGGAAUUCAACGUCGCCACGAAGAUCAUCCAAGUGGAUUUCACUGCUGGUGAUGAGAUCUACCAAACUAUUGAGAAGGAAAUAGCUGGUCUCCAGAUUGGGACCCUCGUGAACAAUGUGGGCAUCUCCUACUCCUACCCUGAAUACUUCUUGGACUUGGUUGAAAUGAACAAGGUCUUCGAAAAGCUGUUGAAAGCGAACAUCGUGUCGGUGACUCGUAUGACCCACAUGGUGUUGCCAGCCAUGGUGGCCAGGGAGAGGGGUAUCGUUAUCAAUAUUGGGUCCGCCUCAUCCAUCAUCCCCAGCCCUAUGCUGACUGUUUAUGCUGCUACCAAGGCUUACGUUGACAAGUUCACCGAAGGCUUAGACAUGGAAUACUAUAAGAAGAACAUUCUUUUCCAAUGCGUCAUGCCUGGAUUCGUUUGUUCCAACAUGUCAGGUAUCCGUAGGAGCUCUCUCUUCGCUCCCAGCGCCAAAGACUUCGUCAGAUCUGCCCUCAGCCUCGUCGCUGUCGAAAAAAGGACUCCAGGCUACUAUCCUCAUGAAUUCUUCGUUCACUGCCUGAAUAUCAUAUCAAAGUCUUCGUAUCACUUUGGAGUAUGGAUGGUCACCAAGUCCAUGCAGAACAGCCGUCUGAAGUGCCUCAAGAAAAUGAAAAGACAGUAAAUUGGUUUUUGUCUCUGGUAUAUUUGGGGGUCUCUUAUUCCGAUAACUCGAAUGUCUAACGCUUUUCUCUUUUGCUUUUCUCUGACUUCGUUGUAGUUAGAGUGACGUGAUGUUCUUAUAACCUGUAGUGAUUGAAUGUCACGUCAUAGGUGAACUUUCUAUGCUUUUUCUUGCGCCGUAUUACAAGGCAAUCUGCGUUUUGGAAGUCUGUGGUCUAUAGGAUAGAAUCAGGCGUUACUUUACGGAGAUUCACGCUACAACAACUGGGAAAAUAUUGAGGUGUUUAUUCCGCUGAAGGUAUUAUUAAUCUGCAGUAUGCAGUAUACAGCACCACCCUCAGCUACGCUCAUGCAGCAGAGACACGCAACAAAUCACUCGAACUACACUCGUCAUAUGUUUCGCUCCUCCACGGAGCAUCCUCAGGAGUUGUUGACUAAAUCGGCUUCGAGGUGCAGGAGCAGCCUUCAGUGGAAUGAAAACGAAAUAUUUUCCCAGUUGUUAGUGUAGUCUAUACAAGGCGUUGUUUCAAAGCCACGUCAUUUUCUAGGAGGUAAUUCAGCUAUCGAUUCUGUGUCCGAAUCAAUAAA